AUGGCAUACAACAGACCCUACAACCCCGACGAACUUCCAAGGUUCGCAGAACCCGAGCACAAAGGCGGCGCUGCCCCGAAGCCUUCCCAGCCGCCUGCCCCUCAAACCCGUUACGAGAGCAAGCCCCCUCCGCCGGCCCCGCGUGACGACUACCACCGUCCCGAUCCUCGGAACGACCAUCGUCGACCGAACCCUAACGCCAUGUACGGCGUCAGCUCUCCUCCCCCGACGGGCGGUCCGCGCCCGACUGCCCAUCACCGACCUCCGCCCAACUCAAGACCACCUCCGUCUCCUGCCCCUGAUGCCUCUGCCGAUGGCGCCGACCCAACUCUUUUGCCUCUCUUCCGAGCUGUCGAUAAGGAUGGUACCGGUCAGCUUUCCGAGCGCGAACUGUCGACCGCCCUUGUCAACGGCGACUGGACUGCUUUCGACCAGCAGACGGUACGCAUGAUGAUUCGCAUGUUUGACUCUGACCGCAGCGGCACCAUCGGUUUCGCCGAGUUCUGCGGACUCUGGUCCUUUCUAGCCUCGUGGCGCACGCUCUUCGACCGUUUUGACGCAGACCGCUCUGGUAAUAUCUCGCUCCCCGAGUUCAGCAACGCCCUGGUCGCCUUUCGCUACCGUCUGAGCCCCGGCUUCGUUGAGCUCCUAUUUCGCACGUACGACAAGCGCGGUGAAGGCGUAAUGUCCUUCGACCUCUUCGUCCAGGCCUGCAUCUCGCUCAAGCGCAUGACAGAUGUCUUCAAGAAGUACGACGACGAUAGGGACGGCUAUAUCACCCUUAGCUUCGAGGACUUUUUAACGGAGAUUCUCAAGCAGCUCAAGUAG